AUGGAUCGUUCAGUGGCCAUGGCACUCCUGUGCUUGUCCCUUGUCGGCUCAGCCCUGGCUGCACAGAGUAUCGAGGUGAAGUCCUGGUUCCCGGAGAAUCCCACCAACGAGUUUCUGCCCGGCAAGGAGGUCAAGGCUGUCCUGGGCCUUCACAACGCCGGUUCCAGUGCCCUGAAUGCCUAUCCCCCUACCGUGCAGUACCUGAACAAUAUCCCGCUGGCGCCCCAGCAAGAAGCCAGCGUGGACUACACGUUGCACUUCCCAACCCAGGUCCCCCCCCACGAGUUCCUGCUGAAGCUCGUCCUCUACACCACUGUGGAUGAGCAACUGGAGGGGCACCUGGUGUACAACCAGACCAUCUUCGUCAUCGAGCCCGCACUGUGGAUCGACCUGCAGCUGAUCGGCCUCUACCUCAUCGGCCUGGCCGUGCUGGCGCUGGCAGGCUACUUCGGCCUGGGCUGGGCAAAGAGCAAGGGGUACGUUAAGAAGACGAGGAAGUCCAAGCUCACAAAGACGGCUCCCGGCCCGGCCGACAAGAGCGACUAUCUGAAGGGCACCCACGGGCACGAAUUCCUGCGCAAGAGGUCGGGCAAGCUGAGCGAUUGA